AUGCCACUGUACUCGGAGCUGUACCACAACUUCGUCGGCAACACGCCCAUCAUCCCGACGCCGAUGGUGGUGUCGCCGAGCUACAGCCCCCCCACCUACGUCGGCGUGUCCCGCUCGUCCGCCUAUCCGGGCGGCGGACGGUCGGCGGUGCCGUUCUCGCGGGGCUACGUCCCGAAGCUGACGCCGAUCACGGAGACGCCGCUGAGUAGCCAUCAUCACCACCACCAUCACCACCACCGGAUCGCUGCGUUCGGACGCGUCAGCUCGCCCAGCUUCAUCGGCGUCGCCGCCGCCACCACCACCUCCACCCCGGUCUCCACUGGCGGGAUGGCCGCCGGGGGACACAGUUCGCCCACCUACCAGAAGGCGCGGCGCAUCAUCAACACCGCCGACAUUGAUGUGUCCGCGACUUCGAAGUACGCACCGCGGCUAACCGCCGCCGUCGGGCGGCUUAAGGAGACGCUGAGCUCGACCCCGAUCAACCAGCCGCCGGCCGGUGGCGGCGAUCAGCAGCACCCGGCGCCGACACCGGCGGCGGCGGCUGCCGCAGUGUCUAGCCGCGAUCAAGAGCUGAGCGAGCGCAGCGAGCAGCGCCGCGCCCGCUCCACCAUCAACCGCAACCGGACCGUCGUCCGGCUCAACACGAUCCGCGCGCGGAGCCGCUCGCGGGGCUCCACCGACCGCCCACGCUCGCCGGGCUCCGGGCGUCUGGCCGCCGAACCCUCGCCAUCGACGCCGCCGGCUUCGGCGGCGUCGUACGAGGAGCGGCUACUAGCGGAACGGCUACCCAGCACCGGCUCCUCCUCCUCGUCCUCGUGGCGGGACAACUUCCGGGACGAGCUGUCACUGAGGCCACGUCACCGAACCGAGCCGACCAAGUCACCGGGGGAGUUGCUGCUCGAGAAGCACCUGAUACGGGACGGGCUGGAGGAUGGGCCGGGGCCGGGGCCGGGGCAGGGGCAGGGGGGGAUCAAUGCGCGGGUGGUACGGUCGCCGGUGAUGAAGCGCCGGGCGACGGUGCGGCGGCGCGCCAGCGGUGCGAAGAUCCCGAGCUUCCACGAGAUCUGCGCCGACAUCAGCUCGGACAAGCUGGACGACGAUCUGAACGCGGGCGAGCUGCGGCGCCGCGCCUCGCAGCUGAUCGAGGACGAGCUGCUCCAGUUCCAGGAGGAGCUCAAGAAGGCGGCGGCUGCGGCCGCUGCUACGGAGGCGGCCGCGGCCGAGGAGGAAACCACGGUGGCAGCCAUUAGUGAGCCGCCGGCCAGUGAGGGCGCAGCCACUGAGUUGGCCGCCGUCGAGGGGAAGCGCAAGGUGAAGGUGGUGAAGCGCACCAAGACGAAGCCACUGGUCCGGCCGCCCGGGGACGGCGACGAGCCGAAGCAGGAGGAGCGGGAGCAGGAUGUGCAGGUGAGGAACGCGCCGCCCAAGAUCGUCACCACGGUCGAGUCGAUCGAAGAGUGCACCGUGUUUCGGCUGCCGAAAACGAAGAAGAAACCUUCGCCGCCAGCGGAGCCACCGAAGCCGCUGCUGAAGCAAACCGCCACGUUGAACCGUCCGGCAACGCCGCCGCCGGUUCAGCAGCCGUUGGUGCUGGAGACGGUGGCGAUCCAGCGCCCUGAGCGGGCCCAGCUGUCAAAUGGGCGGCUUGCUGAUGAGCCGUCACCUGCUGGUGGCGGCGGCGGGGUCACCGAGGUACCGAAGCCUAUCGUGGCCGUCGCUGUUCGUAAGCAGACCACUGAGCGGCUCGGUACAGCUAGAGAGGCGGCUGGUCCACUGAGCAAAACAGCCGCUCCAGCCGCCCAAGCCGCCUCAACCGCUCCAGUCGCCCCAGCCGCCUCAGCCGCCCGAGCCGCCUCACUCGCCCCAGUCGCCCCAGCCGCCUCAGCCGCCCAAGUCGCCCCUGCCGCUCCAGCCGCCUCAGCCGCUCCAGCCGCCUCAGCCGCCCGAGCCGCCUCAACCGCUCCAGCCGCCCCAGUCACUACAGCCACCCCAGUUGCCGCUACAGCCGCUCCAGCCGUCUCAGCCGCCCAAGCCGCCGCAGUUGCCCCAGCCGCUCCAGCCGCCUCAGCCGCUCCAGCCGCUCGAGCCGCCCGAGCCGCCUCAGUCGCUCCAGCCGCCUCAGCCGCUCCAGCCGCCUCAGCCGACCGAGCCGCCCCAGCCGCCUCAGCCGCUCCAGCCGCCUCAGCCGCUCCAGCCGCCCCAGCCGCUCGGGCCGCCUCAGCCGCCUCAGCCACCCCAGCAGCCCCAGUCGCUUCGGCCGCCCCAGCCGCUCCAGCCGCCCCAGCCACCCCAGUCGCUACAGCCGCUCCAGCCGCCUCAGCCGCCUCAGCCGCUGUGUUACAGAAUGGAGCCUCGAAGGCUAACGAGGUCCCGAGUCGGCUGGGCGAGCCCCCAGCGAAACCGUCCACCGUCACCGUGGAGCCACCACCGAAGCUGGUGCGGAAGAAGGCUCCAAUCGAGCAGCCGCCGAAACCGCCGCCGCCGACGAAACCGGACGAAGCCGUCGACUUCUGGAGUGCGAUCGGGACACGCGAAACCGUUUCGUUUGCGCGGCGCAAGCAGCAACUCGGCGGUCCCGGCAAACCAUCGGUACUGCACGUCAUCUACAACGAAGACGAGGAGGGUGAGGGGCUGGCGACGGUGGCCUCACCCACCAGCACGGCGGCUCCACAGGUAGCUGCCGCCGAGCCGCCGAGCCAAGGCAAGUUCAAAGUCCGACCCGUGCCGGUGGCUACCGCAGACCCGAAGCGGCCCGAACCGGAAGCGGCGGCGGCGGCUAAAGCAGAGCCGACCCAGACCCGGGCGGCCGCGAAAACGACCCUAGCCGCCACACUUCCGGUUAGUCCGUUGGCGCUCGACACGAAGAAGCUGUCGCCGAAGGAGCUGAUCAAGGCGGUGGCACCCACCAUAGCGGCCGCUGCCGAGAGGAAGCUCACCGAGCGACAGCAUCAAUCGGUGACGACAGCGAACACCACGAUCACCACCACCACCACUAGCGACACGGUUACUACCGUGGCAGCAGCCAGCAUCGCGACGAUGAGCGGCUCGGAUGUAGCGGCUUCGGUUCCCGACGCCGAGUCCGAAAAGGCGAAGAAGGUGGUGAAAAAGGUGGUCACGAAGGUCGCGAAACCGAAAGCUGCGCUGUCCAAAAACGAGCCGCCGGAAGAGCAGCUCCAACAGCCGCCCCAAGGGCCACAGCCUACGGUGCCACUGAAAGAGCCGCCCAAAGAGCUUCCACCUAUCAAUGAACCUCUGAAGCAACCGCUCAAAGGACUAGCAAAGGAGCCGCCCAAGGAGCCGCCAGAGUCUAUGGAGCCAGAAUCCACCGGAAAGCCCAAACAGCCGCCCAAGGAGCCAGAAUCCACGGCAAAACCUAAACAGCCGUCCAAGGAACCAGAACCUACAGCGAAGGCCAAACAGCCGGCCAAGGAGCCAGAAUCCCUGGCAAAACCCAAACAGCCGCCCAAGGAACCGGAAUCCACAGCGAAGCCCAAACAGCCGCCCAAGGAACCAGAACCAGCCGGAAAGCCCAAACAGCCGCCCAGACCACUUGCUACAUCUGCUAAGGCAGCACCCAACGAGCUCCCACCGCACACGCCCCGCACGCCCCCCGCCGACGACCCGCAGACGCUCGAGCGGCUGAAGACGAAGCUGAAUCGGAUAACGCUCAAUAUGGGCGCCAAAAGCCUCGAGGCGGAGGUGAAGGAGUGCCAAAAGUGUCAGUCGGCGGCGGCGGCGGUGGCGGUGGCGGCUGCCGUGCCACCCGAGGCCACAGCAAUCAGCAGCCAGAGACCGCAAUCAGAGCCGCAACCGGAGCCGCCAGAGGGCCAGCAGAGCAAGCACAGCACACAGCCCCAGACGCAGACGUCGGACGGCUCGAGCCGCGGAUCGGAAACCUCGUUCUCGGGCGUGGAAGACGACUGGACGUCCUCGGCAGAAGACGACGACUCGGCGGCGGACAUGGCGAACGAUAAGCCGGAAAAGAAGAAGCCCUUUGACCCGACCAAGCGCGUCAAGCUCAACUUCGACCAGAUGCGGAAGUGCUACUCGAAGGAGGAGAAAUCCCCGAUCGUCCUGGUCGCGCGGCCCCGGCCACUGUGGAAGGUGAAGCGCCACGGGCACCGCCACAACCGGAAGGCGGACCUGACCAGCAGCAGCAGCAGCAGCAGCAGCGGUAGCCGCUCCGACGACGAGUCCACGUCGGCCAGCACAGCAUCCACCAGCACCACCACCACCACGACGACGACCACUACCACGACGACCGACCAGACCUCGUCGGAGGCCGCCUCGACGAUGGAGGGCGCCACCUCGGACAUCAACACCACCGAUGACAGCAGUGUCAACUCGAGCACCGGUGGCAGCGGCAAGCAGCGGCUACGGCAUCGGCCACACCAUUUAAAGGCGAAAGCCGCCGCCGGCACCGACUGUGACGUGAACUGUCACAAGAAGUGUGAACGGCUGGCGGCGAACCUGUGCGGCAUCAAUCAGAAGCUGAUCGUGGAGGCACUGUUAUCGGUGCGCCGUGGUACAGGGGUCCACGAUGCCCGGGACUCGCCGCUGAAAACGCCGCCCAGUGCGAACCCGUCGUACCGCAUCGAGACUCCGCACGGGCUGCAGGAGGCGCCGCCAGCUGGCAGUCCCGCAGUCCCGCCACCAGGCGUACCAGGCGACGCGAAGGACGACGAUCUAGAGACCUCCUACACGUACGCCCAGUUUCAGAAGACGGGCAAAUUGAUAGCCCCGGCCACGGUGAUACCGCGCUUCCGGAAGUACAACGUCGACGACUUUCACUUUCUGACCGUCCUCGGGAAGGGCAGCUUCGGGAAGGUGUUUCUGGCGGAGCUGAAAAACUCGGACUACUACUACGCGAUCAAGUGCCUGAAGAAGGACGUGGUGCUGGAGGACGACGAUGUCGACUGUACGCUGAUCGAGCGGAAGGUGCUGGCGCUCGGGACCAAGCACCCGUUCCUGUGCCACCUGUUCUGCACCUUCCAAACGGACCAGCAGCAGUCACAGUGUACGCUUAUAGAUGACAAAGGCUCUACUAGUAUGGCCCCGUCUAAUGGCGCGUCCGAUGCGUCUGAGGAUAUUUCACUCAACUUCCAACGAGUGACGAGUGUCGAUCGGGUGUCAAAAAACGCGUGCGGAGACUGA